AUGAGUGAGGUCAUCAAAUGCAUCCACAAUAUUGUCCCAACUACUGCUGAAGAUAAACAAGUUGUCAUUGAAUUUUUAAGGAAAUUUUUCUUCCGAGAUGAACCUCUUAUUUUGGGUAUAAAUAUGCUGGAAGAUGUUGAUUCUUUAGCAAAACUCGAAAACUACUGUUUUAAUUUUGUGGACAACGGUUUGGCGUUUAAAGCCGUAUCUCCUGAUGGAGAUUUAAUAGGGGUCGUCCUAAAUAAUCUGACGUGCAGAGUAGACAGUGAAAAAAAUAACGACACAGAAGAAGACACAAAAGAUAACACCAAGUUUAAUGUUAUUACGGCAUUUUUGGAUAAAGUCGAGCGAGAAGCAGAUGUGUUUAAAAAAUAUCCAAACGUAGAUCGUGUAAUGGACAUAAAAAUAAUUUCUGUUGAUGAAUCAUUUAGAGGCCAAGGAGUAUGCAAAGCUCUAAUUGAUAAGACAAUAGAGUUAGCGUUGGAAAAUGAAUGUCCAAUGGUUUAUGUGGAGUGCAGCAGUUAUUUUUCGGCUAAAGCAGCAGAGAGGCUUGGUUUCGAGUGCAUAUAUACCUUGUAUUUUCGAGACUAUUUGGAUGAAAAUGGUGAAGUCGUUUUUAAAACUCCUCCUCCUCACGAUUCUUCAAAGGUAUUCGUAUUACAUUUAUAA